AGACACUUCACUCUUGUGUAGGGUCUUAUUUUUGUCUUUCUUUAUUAAUUUGUCAUUUUGUUUAUCUUCUGGAAGUGGUGACGCCAGCCAUCAGUGCAACCCACUCUUCUUGUCAUACCACUGGAUCUUUUUUCUUUCUUCACUGGGACACCAAACUUUCUCAAUCUGGUACUCAGUUGAUUGAGAGAACUUUCCUUCCCCUCUCUCUUUCCCGUCCCUUUAAGCUGUUCCUUUUUCUGGCUAUGCACCAUGCUGUCCUCCCCUACUGUGAUCCUUCAGCCCUACGGACUCCCUGUUUACCCCCAGACAGCUUCCUGCUACCCCAGCCUAGUACAGGGGGCUGCCGCCCAAGAGGCGGGGCCAGGCAACGGCGACCCGUCCCUUCCUCAGGUCUAUGCCCCACCCCCUUCAUAUCCUCCACAUGGACAACCCCAACCCACAACUGCUGCCAUGCUGCCACCCCUUGAUUUCAGCGGCACUCACACCAGCCCAGAAUAUCCCGAUCACCAUCAGUUAAGAGUUUACCAGACAUCUCAGCUUGAUGGGACGGAGUCUGUAACCAAUAACACAGACAAUUCGUUGGCUCCAAUAUCAUCUGACCCACAGUCUCUUAGUGCUUCUGUGGCAAGUGGAACAUCAGGUGAUGAGGAAGGUGCUGGUAAGGCCCAACCCAAAAGACUCCAUGUGUCCAACAUACCGUUUAGGUUUCGUGACCCAGACCUUAGGCAAAUGUUUGGGCAAUUUGGCAAGAUUCUAGAUGUGGAGAUCAUUUUCAACGAGAGAGGGUCAAAGGGUUUUGGAUUUGUGACAUUCGAGAGUGCGGCGGAAGCAGACCGGGCGAGAGAGAAGCUCAACGGAACCAUCGUCGAGGGAAGAAAGAUUGAGGUGAACAAUGCCACAGCCAGGGUGGUGACAAAGAAGCCUCAGACACCUUUAGUAAAUGCCGCUGGCUGGAAGAUCAAUCCAGUAAUGAGUGCCAUGUAUGCUCCUGAACUUUACACAGUCGCCAGCUUCCCCUAUCCUAUGGCCACGCCAACCUUGGCCUACAGAGGCUCUGCUCUCCGAGGACGCGGUCGAGCUGUUUACAAUACCAUCCGUUCAGCCGCAGCAGCGGCCGCCACACCCGCUGCUGUUCAAGCUUAUCCAGGAGUUGUGUAUCAGGAUGGACUGUACAGUGCAGAGGUCUAUGGAGGUUAUCCAGCCGCAUACAGAGUUGCUCAGUCUGCCUCGGCCACUGCAGCGGCCACAUACAGUGAUGGAUAUGGAAGAGUCUACGCAACGGCAGCUGACCCCUACCAUCAUUCAGUAGGACCUACCACCACUUAUGGAGUUGGAACAAUGGCAAGUUUGUACCGCGGAGGCUACAACCGAUUUACUCCGUACUGAAACAACCUGAGAACAACUUCCCCUUGAUGUUCCGGCAAUGAUGAAACACCUCCUUCCUGUGCGAACCUCUGAUUGCUGAGGAAGUGUUUGAGAUUGUAAAUACUGUGACUUAUAUUUUAUUUAUUGGGGCAAAAAGAUAAAUCAGUCAUUAAAAAAAAAAAACACUGGCAGAAUAAUUUAAGUCAGAAUGGAAGUAAGAGUUGACUCAACCUCAGACAAAAUGGAAACUUAAGUACAGCUCUUUUUGUUACCGCUUCAAAUUGUUUUAUUUCGAAAUCUGGAAACCUUUCUUUAAGGUUUCACUGUGAAAUGACAAUAUAUAAUAUACAAAUAUAGACACCACUGGUGGAACUUUUGCCAGAGUGAAAGAUAUUUAACACCAAACCUAUCCAGUGUGUAAAGAUCUGUGUUCAUGUCAAUGUGUGUGUGUGUGUGUGUGUGUGUGUGUGUAGGUGUGUGUGUGUGUGUAUUUUGAGUAUUCGAAAGCAAUACUGUGAGAUGCAAUGGAGGCAGCAAUGGCACUGACCUGUGUUCUCUUUCUCAAUGUAACCUCCCUCUGAGCCAGUAUCUUUUUCACUCUUCUAAUUCUCAGAAACCUCUCCUAUAUUUCUUUACCUUUAUUACUGUGUAUGCCUUGCUUGCAAUGAUUCUCUUUUUCUUGAGAAAAAACCUGGGUGCUUUUCUCGGUUCCCCUUUUUUCCUUCCUGAUUUACAAACAAUAAUGUUUUUGUGAAGUCAUCUUGCUUUGCGUCUUUCCAUUUCAAAUGCUGUUUUUGUUUGAAUAAUAAAACCUCUUCUUUAUUCUUUAAAAUUAUUCACACUGCUUGUGUGCUUUACUUCUCUUUACUCUCUGCUUUUAGAGUAAUUUUCCAUGAUGAUGUCGAAGGUCAUUCUAGUUUUCAGAACAAAACUUAACUUUGAAAUUUUAAGUUUAGCCUGAUUGUAUUUUGCGGACUAUUUUUAACAGUAAAGUCACAAUGUUUGCAAACAUAAUUCAAAUGUUUCAUAAAUUGGGAUUAAAGGGAACAUUUAAAGAAUUAUGUAUUGAAAACCCAUAAUAACCAAUCAGCAACUGCGUAUUGUACAACAGUCUUCUUUUUUCUAUUACUCCUUUCUCUUUCUUUCUUUCUUUCCCUCCUUUCCAUUUCUUUCCUUCCCAUUUCUUUCUUUCCCUUCCAUCUUUCUUUCCUUCUUUCAUUUCUAUUGGUCCCUCCUUACCUUUUAGUUUAUUUCCCUUCUUUCCGUCCUUCCUUCGUGCUUUUUGUAGUCAUUUUAUUUCCAUGCACUCAUAAUCUGCUGCGCAUCCCACUGCCUCUUUAACAUUUUUUGUAUUAUUCAUAAAAGGCUAUAUUUCCUAAAAGGCUACUAUUUUUUUGUUUCCCAACUAUUUAUUUGCAAUUGCUGCAUUUCCUAUUUGACCUUCCUGUCUCCUUAAUAUCUCUGUUUUUGUUUUGUUUUGCUGUUUCAUCUAUUUUCUGCACCUUUAUCUGUAUUACCUGCUUAUUUUACUUACUCUUUUUUUCCAAUUACACUUUUCUUACUGCAUUUAGUCUGUCUGCUUCACUAAGCUUUCUUUUAUUUCUAUUAGCUCUUACUGCAUAUGUAGCAGAUUAAAUCUUUAGUUUACUUCACCUUAUUGCUUUCUCUCUCUUUCUGUCUCUAUUCAAUUUAUAACCACAUGACUGGUGUCAUUGCUGUAUGCCUAUGCAGUGUUUUUUUUCCCCUUGGUACAGUGUAUGAUAUGUUUUAAUUGUACAUUAAAACAGUUGAAUUGUC